AUGCGGAGACAUUUUCUGCCCGAGUGGUGCUCAACCAUCGAGCGUCGCCACCUGUACGGUGCUCUGCUGACAUUUCUUCUUCUGCUUGGCGGCUCCACUUCAGCAGCAAGUGCGACAGACCACGAGCCCAAUAUCAACCAGCUGAUGAACAAGGGAGGAAUAGCAUACCGCGCCAAGCCCCAGAAAGCAACCAAAGCUCCAUCGAGACCAGAUUCACCACCCAUGCUUAUGUCGUCUUCGUUGUUGACCUUAACUCCAGGUCAGAGUUCUACUGAGUCUAACCUCCAUUUACAUUUGCAAAAAGCCAGUGACACGAAUGGCGCGCAAAACUCCAACAAAACUGACUUGGAAACCUUCCUGUCCGACUACUACGAGCCGUGGUCAGGAUGGAGCCCUUGUAACCGGAAGUGCCUCCGGACUCGUGUGCGCAGAUGUCGAGGUGCGGCGCUGUGGCAAGGCCGUGCUGAGAGAGAACCGCCAUUGCCGACGGGGAGGUGGCGCGUGUCCUCCCUCAGUUUCGAUGAAGAACUCGGGCUACGCCGACGACACGACUUCAUCGAGCGCGUGCUGUACGACGCCUUCUACACCGACUGGUCGACCUGGGGAGUGUGCACGCGCUCGUGUCGUCAGAGGCGUCGGCGGAAGUGCAUCGUGCGCGACGUCUGCAGCAACAUCGUUGUCCAGGAGAUGCGACGCUGCAGCGUGUCCGGCUCUAAGUGUCCGCGCCGGAACCUACUUCCUGCCUAUGAACCGCUGAACACCUGGCUUCAUGCCGGAGGCAGCAGCAGCAGCUUCCAGGGCGUGGACUCAUCCUUCACUCACACGAAGAAGUUGAACAGCGAGGCUUCCGGUGCCAGCGAGAUUGGUAGCGUGCAGGGUGUCUGCGGACUGAGGCCAGCGGUCACGAGAGGUUCGUACCGCGUGGUCGGGGGACAGGAAGCUCAGAGACACAGCUGGCCAUGGCAGGUAGCGAUUCUUACGCGUUGGGACGAACAGUACUGUGCCGGGACUCUGAUAGCCCCGCAGUGGGUGCUGACUGCCGCUCACUGUGUCCAGAAAAGAGGGCGACAGCGAAGGAUCGUGCUGAGGGUGGGAGAACAUAAUUUGGAGGAGUACGAGGACACAGAAGAGGAAAUACGGCCUAACCGAGCAGACGUCUUCCCGCACCCGCACUUUGACUACACCAACAUCACCAAUGACAUCGCCCUGGUGCACCUGAACAGGCCUCUGAAGCUGGAUAGCCAGGUAGGCUUCGCGUGCCUGCCGGACGAGCACUUCACGCCAGACCCCAAGAGUCUGUGCUACAUCUUGGGCUGGGGCAAGACAAGGAGCACGCACGUCUUCGGCGCAGACAGUCUGCACGAGGCGGAGGUGCCGUUGGUCAGCCGCAAGCGCUGCCAGCUCUUCGAGUAUGAGAUCACCGAGACACAGCUGUGCGCCGGCAGCCAACGGGGCGGCACAGACUCGUGUGCCGGCGACAGUGGUGGCCCCUUGCUGUGCCCCAAGACGGACAGUGCCACCGACACGACGCGCUGGUUUCUCAUGGGCAUCACCAGCUAUGGCGAGGGCUGCGGCAAGAAAGGAAAGUAUGGCAUCUACACUCGCGUGCAGAGUUACUUGGACUGGAUCCACGAAACCGUUAACUCCAACCGACAAUCGUGACUAAACGGACAGUAGCAGCGGUUGAAUGAUAUUCACCCUCUAUCAACACACACGCGUUCAAACCUCCUUAAAAUACAGAAUUUUCUUCGUACACGUGUACAUAUUGGUUUAUCCAUCUUGUGAGUAAUACAAUUUGUUUAUGGGGAUCUUAGGGAAAAAGCCAGACUUACAAUGACUAGUCAGACUUUCAGAAUACGAACGCGUGUGUACUAAGCCAUGUCUGGUCGAACUGUCCGGGCUCCUUCGGCCCAAAGUUUUUUUGUUUUUUUUUUAUUUUAUAAAAAUUGCAGAAGCAAACUUAACUGCGAUGUCUGUCGUCAAUGAACAAUACGGAACAGCAGGCAUGUGUUUCGCAGUCAUUAUACACAGAGUUUCUUGUCACAAAGCAGCUUUGACAUGUCGACAGCAGAUGAUGGCUGCUCAGAACUGACGCGCCUUCAACGAAGGGACGCAAUCAAUACGCAGUGUUGUUUAGCCCAGGAGUUGUCUGUCGAACGACCCGCGGAAUGUUCUCGGGAGAAAAAAAAAAAAUUCAGACGAUCGACCUCUUUGCUCACUGAAGUGGUAAUGCAUAGUUUCGUGAUAACUUGUAGGGUCCAAGCAUGACUCUGAUAACCUUGACAGUGUCUAAACAUGUACAGUUUGUAGCCUUCCUUUACAGUUUCAGUUCUUGCUGCUUACCUCGGAACAGAUUUCUUGUUUCUUCAAAAGGUCACGGUUAAGACUGGAGAGGGAGACAGGGUUCAUUUCCUGUCGUUAAAAAAAAAAGUGUGUGAUAGGUGUUCAUCCAAACAUUUCUCUGAUUUCUUCUGUAAAUGGAAUGUGUUCAAUCUUUAUACGGUCGUCGACUACAGUGUACCAGUAGGGAAAGAUUCAAUAUACAAGAUUUUUACGGCAGGAAUUGUGUUUAUCGAAUGGACAUGGACUCUCUAGCAUGGAAUCUAAAAAAAGACAAACUCGGUGAAGCCGCAAAGCGGUGAUUUUUACGACAUUUUAUCCCAUUGGUUUGUACAGGCUGUUUAAGAAGCAAAAAGUCUUAUCUUUCUAAGUUUCUCUUGCAGAAGUUUAAAAAAAACCGCAUGGAGUUGUUUAGGAUUUUUUUUAACGCACCAUGGUGAGUUGUUGAUGGGUGUGGACCCAUUUGAAUUAUGUUCUUUACAGCUUUUUAUUUUUAGGCCAAUGUAGAUUCAAAGGGGGGUAAAAAUCCAUGACAAAAAUCUAAUUAAAAGCUCUGAAAACGGAGAUCAAAUAAACACAGCCCAUUUCUGUGUAAUCAAGGACAGUAAUAAAGAUCCAUUGAAAGCUG